CAUCCCUUGUGGGUGGUGCCGUGGCGCUAAAGUGCUGAAAGUGCUAAAGUGACUGGCUGCAGAGGUGCCCCACUGACUGACUUGCCCCGUUGCACACCACCACUACUACUAUGGGGUGGCUUUGCGUCGCCGUGGCAACGUGUGUGCUGGUGUCACGCUGUGUCAAAGGUGACAACUGGUGGCGGAAAUAUGAAGAGGGAAUACGGCACUACAGCAAGGAGGCCCUCAAUAAGGAGAUCCCAGAGAAAACUCGUCCAGUUGGCUUCAAGCAUCCAGCCUUCAAGUGUCCUGAUAUGAAGCCCUCACCUUCUGCCCCUUCCUCAGUGGAGUUGGUGAAGGCUGGCGAUAUCAAAGUUGUUGCCGCCCUGGGUGAUUCUCUCACAGUAGGUGCCGCUUUGGACCAGUUCCUGUUUGUUGUGCACUCACUGGACUUUUCGUUAGGUGCACCUGCAUGUUUUGUGUGUGUGCGUGUGCGUGCGUCCGCUUCGUGCAGACGGCCAUCGGCGCCAACGCCACCACCGUCCUGGGCAUUCCCAUCGAGUUCCGCCACGUUUCCUGGAGCAUCGGCGGGUUCGGCUCGUAUGAGGACGUCAUUACUUUGCCCAGUAGGUUUCUUCGGUCACCGCCGGCUGGUGUCUCGCCGCCUCGGGAAGACGCUUCACGGCAUGGAGGCCCACCUGGGGCAAACGGGCCUCAACCUGGCCGUGACGGGACAAAACACCUUCAAUCUUCCCGGCCAGACGCGACAUCUGAUUGACACCCUCAGAGUUUAUGAGGGUUUGAACUUCGAGAAGGACUGGAAGCUUCUGACCAUUCUCAUGGGCAUGAACGACAUCUGCGACUAUUGCAAAGACAAGGCUCUCUUCUCCGCCGAGAACUUCGUUCACUACAUGACGGUCUCCUUGGAAAUGCUCAUGAACGAGGUCCCCCGCAUGAUCGUUAACGUGGUGCAGAUCCUUCCCAUGCAGACGCUGAGGGAGGUGCACAAGCCCACGCCGGGCUGCCUUCUCCAGCGCUCCUUCUGCUCGUGUCUGAUCGAACCCGUGAGUCGUUCUGCUGAGCUGCGUGAGCUGGUGGAAAUCAAUCUGGAAUUUCAGAGAAGAUUGGAGGCGUUGCUACUUGCCGAUCGCUUCUUCAGGGACGACUUUGCGGUGGUGCUGCAGCCGUUCUUGAAGCGAGCCGACCCUCCUCGCCUCCCCAGCGGCAAGAUCGACAUGAGCUACUUCACUCAUGACUGCUUCCACUUCACCAUCAAAGGCCACGAGGAGCUGGCCAAGGGCCUGUGGAACAACAUGUUUCAGCCUGAGGGAGGAAAGACGGUGGUGGGCAGUUUUUCAGACCCCAUCGCUCUCGUCUGUCCACCCACGGAGCACCCGUACAUCUUCACCCGGCCCCCCUCGGCCAGGUCCGCUCAACGUUCCGGCCCCCGCGCUCCGUCAGCGGCGGUCGUCUACUCCCUGCUGUCGGUCCACGCGGCGUUCGGGGGUCGCGCUUUUUUGUAGGACUCUUUCCGAGCAGGUGGUGACAACUUCAUUGAAAGGAAGUGUUUUCACACUAUUACGGAAAAAGACAAGAGGAAGCCUCAUUGUAUGAUAUUGAAGGACGAGGACCUUUUUGUUCUCGAAUGGCUCUUCAUAUUUUUUUAACGCUACCUUUGAAUGUUUUUCAAUUUUGUCUUGUAAUGCGUCUGUGAAAACAAAUAAAUUGUAUUUA